ACGUGAGCAGGUCUGCUGAAUGGCUUCUUGCUCGUAAAGAUGAUACCCUGAAUGUUUUAGAAGUUGCCACAUCUGUUUUUUUUCCUCCCUGCUGGCAGACUAUCAGUUUUGGAAGAACACAAUGGGACUGUGGUCAUUUUGGAGUUUUUCCCUUUUGGCUUUCGUCUUGCUGUACCCCUUUCACCCCAAGUUUGUGGCUCAAGCGGAAAUAAGUUUACCCAGAGCCAACGAUAGAUUUUAUCGCCUGGAGGUAACGCCACUGGAGGCACGUAUAACCCGUAAAUCAACCGCGGUCAAAGUGGACAACAUCACAAAAGUUUUACGCGCUUUCGAAUCGGAGGCAGCCGGUGCUUUGAAACCGAACAAUGGCAACCAAGAGGGGAAUGAGACAAAGAGUGGACUUGGAGAGGAGCCACUGAUCGGCAACAAAACGGCACCAAACUGUCACAAAAUACCUGGUGAAAAGUGUGCCAACAUAUCCGAGGACAACCAGAGGCGACCUGCAGCGAAUAUAAUGUUAGAAAACACAUUUCCUGACACAAGAAAGAGGGUUAAAAGGAGUGUGGGCACAGCGCACACCGAAAAUGUGGAUAGGAGUAUAAGUGGGGAAGCGCAGUCAAAAGAGAGGUUCGUGGAGGCUGUCCAAGGUGUUGCCAACUCCAGACCCGAGUACCGGCGCGGCGGGGAAGAUGCUAGAGGGGCUAACCCGAGGCAGGGUGAGCCGCACCUGGACACUUCUACUUUUGCUCUGUCGGGAGACUCCGCGCACAACCAGGCGAUGGUGCACUGGUCCGGACACAACAGCAGCGUGAUCCUGAUCUUGACUAAGCUGUAUGACUUCAACCUGGGGGCUGUUACUGAGAGCUCACUCUGGAGAUCCUCUGAUUAUGGAAGCACCUACACCAAACUCAACGACAAAGUGGGCUCAAGGACGGUUUUAAGUUACCUGUACGUCUGCCCGACCAACAAACAGAAGAUAAUGAUGCUUAGCGACCCAGAGGUAGAGAGCGCUGUUCUCAUCAGUUCAGAUGAAGGGGCAAGCUUUGAGAAGCAUCCCAUUAACUUCAAUAUCCUGAGCCUGCUCUUCCAUCCUGCACAGGAGAACUGGAUGCUGGCUUACAGUCAUGACAGCAAGCUGUACAGUUCGAUGGACUUUGGAAGGAGGUGGCAGCUUGUCCAUGACAACGUGAUGCCAGGCCGGUUCUACUGGGCGGUAAUGGGGCUGGACAGAGAAUCAGAUGUGGUCCACAUCGAGACGCGCAUCGCGAAAGGCCGCGCCCAGUACGUGAAGUGCAGAGCCCAACGCUGCACAGAAGGCAGCCGACUGUACCUCUUCCCUGGACAUGUAGACACCAACUCGCUGGUUGUGCAGGAUGAAUAUGUUUUCACACAGGUAACCAAGUCAGGACGAGCCAGCUACUUCGUCUCCUACAUGAGAGAGUCCUUCAAGCGGAUGAAAUUGCCUAAAUAUUGUCUUCCGAAGGACAUGCAUAUCAUCAGUACAGAUGAGAAGCAGGUAUUUGCUGCAGUCCAGGAGUGGAAUCAGAACAACACUUACAGCCUGUAUAUCUCAGACUCCCCCGGGGUCUACUUUACCCUUUCAUUAGAGAAUCUGAGAACCAGCAGAGGACCUGCCGGUAACCUACUGGUUGACUUUUAUAAGGUUGAGGGGAUAAAUGGCAUGUAUCUCGCCAACAAACUGCUGGACAGCCAUGUCAAGACUUUCAUCACAUACAACAAGGGACAAACAUGGGCCCUGCUGCCAGCCCCUGCCACUGAUGUGGCUGGAAACAACCUUCACUGCAUUCUGCCAUUUUGUUCGCUGCAUCUUCAUCUGGAGAUGUCGGAAAAUCCCUACACGUCCGGACCCAUCACCAGCAAGAAGUCCGUGCCGGGAAUCAUCGUGGCUACAGGGAAUAUCGGAACAGAACUGUCCUCCACUAACCUUGGGAUGUUUAUAACAUCUGAUGCAGGGAAUAGCUGGAGACAGAUUUUUGAUGAAGAGCACAACGUUUGGUUUCUUGACAAUGGAGGGGCUUUGCUGGCGGUGUUGCACGCAGCGACGCCUAUUCGACACUUAUGGAUCAGUCUAGACGAAGGAAAAAAAUGGGACCGCCACAGCUUCUCCUUGGCACCUCUGUAUGUGGACGGAGUUUUAAUGGAGCCAGAAUCUGACAAUCACAUUAUCACUUUCUUUGGACACUUUAGUCAUCGAUCAGAGUGGCAACUGAUCAAGAUCGACUACAAGGGCCUCUUUAGUAGGAGAUGCAUGGAUGGAGAUUAUCAGACAUGGCACCUUCACAACAAGGGAGAGCUGUGUGUGAUGGGCGAGAAGCAGAUCUAUAUGAAGCGCAGGCCAGGCAACCGUUGCAUGCUGGCCCAGGACUAUUCGAGGAUCUAUUCCUCAGAGCCAUGCCUCUGCACAGCCUAUGAUUUUGAAUGUGAUUAUGGUUGGGAACGCCAGACCGACGGCAAGUGCUCCCCUGCUUUUUGGUUUAAUCCAAACGGUGUGGCUAAAAGCUGCAGCACCAGCCAAAGCUUUCUUAACAGCACAGGGUAUCGUAAAGUUUUGUCCAAUAACUGUAAGGAGGCUGGGAGAAAUGUGUACUCGCCCAAGAGGCAGUUGUGUCGCCCCAGACCACCCAGAGGCCUCCGGCUGACCACCAGUCAAGGGGAGCUCAGUGCCACUGUUGGAAACAACGUUACCUUCAUGGUCUACCUCGAAGAUGGAGACUCGCUGAGGACCAGCAUCCAGCUCGACUUCGGGGAUGGCAUCAAGAUCACAUACUCUAACCUGAGCAGGACCGAUGAUGGCAUCAACCACAUCUACAGAGCAACUGGGAUUUACCGAGUGACAGCAUCUGCCGAAAACAGCCAGGGAUCUGACAGCAGCACGCUGUUUUUACACAUCACCAGUCCAGUGGAGCGUAUAUACCUCUCCACUCCUAUUGUAGCCAUCAGGGGGAAGGAGGUUAAUCUGACUGCGUUGGUAUGGCCGAGUCACACCAGAACAUUGACCUUCUUCUGGUGGUUUGACAACAGCUCCGAGCCCAUUAUAACCUUGGAGGGAAGCAUCUCAUACACAUUUCACAGAGAAGGAAAAAACAAGGUCACGGUCCAGGUUGCUUCUGGGAGCACCAUAAUGCAGGAUUCAAAAGUUAUAACUGUUAAAGAGUUCUUCAGGUCGCUGCUGUUGUCGUUCUCACCAGCUCUUGAUGAACACAACCCUGACAUCCCCGAGUGGAGGGAGGACAUAGGGCGUGUGGUGCGGACAGCUCUGUCACAGGUGUCUGGGGUUCCUGAAGAUCAGCUGCUGGUGUCUUUGUAUCCUGGACUUCCAUCCACAGCAGAGCUCUUCAUCCUGCCUGACGAGCAUACGUCAAGUGAGCACAAGAGAGGAAGUGAGGACGCUUUAGAGACGAUAUCAGAUAUUUUUGUCACCGCCCUGAACCAAGGCCUGAUCCAGUUUGAGCUGAAAGCGGAUGUUCGCAUUAUUGUGUACAUGACUCAGCAAACUUUGGCACCACUUGUGGAUUCAAACUCCAUCCACAGUGGGUCGGCCAUGCUGAUGCUGCUCACUGUGGUGUUUGUUGGUUUAGUGGCAUUCUUCAUCUACAAGUUCAAAAGGAAAAUCCCUUGGAUCCAUGUUCAGACUGAAGACAGUCAUGAGAAGGAACCGGAGGUGAUCAGUACAGUCGGACAGAACGACAACAUGUCCAAGGUCAAGCUCAGUGAAUUUCCCUCUCAGAAAGAACUCAUGGAAAAGGAGUUGGAGGCCAGGAGCAGAGGAGGAAUUGGAAGAAAUAUGGAGAGAAUUGUCACAAGGGAAUUUCCAAACUGUACUAAUGUCUGAGACUCUGUUUCUGAGUAAGUACAGAUUGUUGUGUUACAAUUGUGCUGAAAUUGUUUGCUUUGUUGGCAUUGUUCUUCUUUUUUUUUUUAAAAAUUCAUUUCACGCUGAUAGCUGCUAUUGUUCAAAGUCAUGUUUUUAACCCACAUGGAUAGAGUAAAUAUCUACUUUACGACACGUGAUGAAGAUCAAUCCACCGAGCCAGACUCUAGGGCCUCUAGUUUGAGGGCGGUGAGUUGCUGAAAUUGGCUGAUAACGUUGCACAAACUGUCCAAUUAGCAUCAAGAUUCCCUCGCUCUACAUCGACACCACCGAUGCUAACAUGAGCAUUUUAUGAAUAUUCAGCUGCCAUUGUGUACUUUUGAUGAAUGCUUUACUGCCUGUGGACAAAUCACCGUUUUUCUUAAUUAGGACCAUGUCAGGACAGGAAAAACAGACUGCUGCUGAAAUGAUAUACCUCAAAAGCCAUUUUAAAAACACUUAAAUAAGAAAGGUACCAUUAACUUAAUGAACCAGUACAAGAAAAAGGAUGUAUAGGCUUUACUGUAUGCAUAAAAGUUUGAUAAAGGUAUGUUAAAUUCUGCAUUGAAUGACAGAACAUGAUCAUGACUUACUAAAAAGGACAUUUAGGCCCUAAAGGCCCAGACACACCACAGUGACAUCAAAGAACUACUGGUGAUGAAGGCUGACUGCUGCGUUGCCUCACGUCGCCUGUGUCUCGGCCAAAACGUUGCAUUUUACACACCAUUAAGUCUACAGCCAACGGCCAACUAGCAAGUACGCUUAUUACACAGCUACGUACUAAAGAAAUCAAUAAUCUGGCACAAAAUAUUAAUUUAAAAAUGAUUCUAUAGCGUCUUUGACAAUGAUGUCAUACAUCAGUGUGCUUGCCUGAUGGAGAGCAGGCAACUGGGGCAACAGCUACCAACACAGCUGUUCCAAAUCAGGAAGAGUUUCUUUUGAAUCCCAACUAACGUCAGAUGUAAAUGUGUACACUACAGCAUUGUAUUAAAGAUGCCUUGAGUUGGUUUUGCCCUGCAUUUUUUUUUUGGUUUGACCUUCAUUUAACCAGAUAAGUCAGUAGAGAUCCUAUUCCCAUUAACAACGGUGAAAGGAGGCAAGUCAAUUCAGUGUGCUGUGACAACUACCCCAUUUUUUUUAAAGCCACAACCCAGAUUUUUAAUCAGCAUUUCUCCAGACCUUUUGGGAAUGGCUGACCGUGUAGGUACAAAAUAGUAGCUAGUAGUGUUACACCCCACCCUUGUCAGCUCUAUGGGGUGAACAAAACUCCAUCACUGACCCAAAUCACCACAUAAGACACCUUUAAAACAAAUGAACAUUGUGUACAUCCAUGUACACAAUUCUUAAGCACAUUUACCCACCCAGGCAAAAAUAAAUUGGCUGUCGCUCAAUACUACUUUGGUUAUUUUUAUUCUUUUUUCCCCCCUAAAUCUGUUAUUUGAAAUUUUACAAAUAGAGCUGAUAACAGGCAAAAUAAUAUUUGGUCUAUCAGUAGUGAGUCAACAAAAAAGUAGGUAAAUAAAAUAAGAACAAUACAAAACCAAGACAGAACUAAGACAAGACAAAUACUACAAACCAAAUCAGUACCCAGAACAAGACAAAGGACAAAACAACAUAGUGAUAAAAUCUGAAUAUAAAAAUAUGUAGAAAUACGUGUAUGAUGAUAAAAUUAACACUAAAUACUAAAAGAUAAUAUAAUGGUUGUUGGUCGGACAACUGCCCGUCACAUCACAAUUUAAUAUCUGUAAAAUAGAUGAUCAUUCAUUCAGAAAUAUCUGGAAGGUCCAGCUCUCAUACAUACUCAAAAAAGGGAUCCCACAUAUGCAAAAUUUCCUCAGGGAGCCCCUCAUUAUGCACCUCAUUCUUUCCAGUUUAACACAAUUAAGGACUUCCCUUAUCCACACAAAAACGUAACAGUCCACUGGACUCUUGUACACUUACAUCUGGCUAAAUCAUACUGUGGUCUGGGGGACGAAGUAAUUCAUACUGACAAUAGCUUUCCACCAGGCAAAUCGGUCAAGAUGUGGGAAUUAUCGGCUUUUAUCACUUUGUAUGAUAACAUCUAACAUGAGUUUAAAUUUUCUGCUGAAAACUGCUGCCUGUAGUUUCACCCAACCAUUUUCUGUUGUCAUUAUCCUUUAUUUCUAAAUCCUGCAGUAUAAGGAUUCGCACAUUAUAAUAGUAACGUGAUUGCAAACAAGCUGUUGCUUCCACUACGUGUCUGAACCUGUGUAGACCUGUUAUUAACAUGUGUUUCGGUAAUCCUAACACAUCGCUGUUCACACCUGUGUCUAUCAUGCAUCCCCAGAUGACUACUUGUGCUUGGAUUUCAUUACCACCCACGUCACUUACACUAGAAGGUCAAAGGGCCACACGCACAGUUAUUACUUGUAGUUGUAAUGAAUUGGGCAAGUUUUGGUGCUGUCACCAAAACAACCACCAUAACUUGCAUUGUUGACAAUGCAAAAUAUACCUAGUCAGAUGUGUACCAGAUCACCUCGGCAAGCGGUUUGAGUGAUUGGAUCAUAAUGCCUUGGUGGUUAAUUAGCGAGCGGUGAUUGGAUCACCCAAGACAUGUUAAUACCAGGUGUAAACAGGCUUUAUGAUCAUAACUGUGUCCAUAGCAUCUGCUAUUCAGAAAUAACAGACCGUAUAAUACUAAAAUAAAUUUGAUUAAUCACAAUCAAGUGCACAACAAAGCAGUGUAAUUAAACAAUACAAGGUCUUGAUAUGAUAAACAAAUUUAAUGUAAUACAAAUCCAUCUCUCUGACACACAGACUAAACCAGCAGGCUUUAAAAUGUGUCAGGUGUAACCCUUUUAUCUUGUUUUUAGGAUUUUGUCUCUUCAUCUAUAUCAAGAACAACUCAAACAACAACAGAGAGAGUUUUCUGUUUAAGGCAGAGCACAUCUUGCUCAGCCUCCGUUCCACAGACGUAUAAUUAAUAGGUCGUUACGUUAAAUAAACCACUUUAACUUCACACUCUGGAGAAACACGAACAUUUACCGCCCUAUAACUAGAGGUCUUUGAGUUGUAAAUAUACACUAAUGAAUAUUUAUAUAGAAAUGUGGAAAUCUGACUGUCGUGACUGCUUCUAAGACAGAAAUGUGUAGUUGGUUUUGCUCUGUAAGAUAACAUGGUGCUUUCAAUGACUGUUUCUCAGAUGAACAAAAAUGUGAUGUAUGGACAUAAAGGUCUGGCCUUAGGAGAGGAAACACUGUAAACUUGUACAUAGAGGAAGAUGGAAUGUAAAUCUAUACAGUAGACUCAUCCUACUUUAUUGUAAAGUCAACUCACUGAACAGGCAGUAGUAUGUUUCUAUGACAUUCAAUCUCACAACAAGCUGUAUGUCCACUUUUUUAUUUGAUUUUUACAGUAGCAUGCCCUAAUUAUGUGAUAAAAUAUAUGAUACUACAUUAGGGUGGGCAAGUACUGUAUAUAUAUAAAUAUAUAUAUCAUGGUUGGUUUUACACAUUAAACAAAUUAUUGAACACCUUGUCUAAUAGUCUAGUUGUGCAAUUGCCAAAAGUUGUGCAUGAUCUAUGAUAUUGUUCAUUUUUGUCUAUGAUAUAUAAAUUGUCUUGUUUUGAAUCAUGUUUCUUACUGUGAACAAAUUGCCAUUUUAAAAUUGUUCAAAAUAAAUGUAUU